AUAUCACUAUAAAGGCACAACUGAAGAUUCUCAGUUACUUUGUGGUCUUUGACGGAUUAAUGGUGAGGAUUUUUGCUUUUUUGCUUUUUCGGAUUAAUGGUUAGGAGUUUUUCUAUUUUUUAUUUUUCAGAUUAAAGGUUAUCUUCUGUAAUGAACGCCUGCCACUACCGCUGUCUGCUUCAGUUAUUCCUGAGCAUGCUUGCUUUUGCCGCAUUGGGUAUUUACUGUAUACAUAAUGGAAUAGUGAAUGUUUCGGAUAUCUCAAAAAGACUGUUGCCCAUCAGCAAAACUAGUUUUCAGAAACCUGUUUACUUUAACACAAGCAUUGGUCUAUUUUCCAAUAAAAAUCAGUCCUGUUCCUGUAAAGGAUAUACUUUAGCUUUUCAAAAUGUGCCCCCAAAUGAACUGGAAGACCUUCGGAGACGUCGAUCUGAGGAGUACAGACAAUAUCGAGUCAGGAGGCAGGCAGAUGUGGAGCCAUUUGUUCUUGCCGCGUCUAACUCUCCUCUCCAAUAUCCCAUCCACGGUUUCAUAUUGGCCCCUCUUCAAAAAAGUAUAAUACCAGGUUUGGCUUUGCAUGCACAAGAAAGAAAACGUUAUGAGGUAUCUUUAAGUGUGAUAAAUGGGGUGCUCUCAGUGGAGGAUGUCAUGAAGGGAGCACAUGUGGAUGGAGAGGGUCAGAGUGUUUUGACUAUUUCAUCCACAAGCCUCAAACAAAUGAAUAAUCUGCUGAGCAGAGUGACUUACACCAGCACCGUCUACCGUGUCAAGGCUAAAGAUAUGGUUCAUUUUUCAUUUGAGGACCACGAGGCCAUAUUUCCCAUAAAAAUUACAAGACCUUCAGUGCCAUUUCUGUUCGACCCAGGGAACGAUAUUAGUUCACAGGUAACUAUAACAACCAAAACCUUUCUGAGGUAUCGGGAGUUGCAUGUCCUUAUCAACAGUAUCAGAAAGUUUUAUCCAGAAAUCAAGAUCAUUAUUGCAGACGACAGCCUGACUCCAGAAAAGGUGUCUGGUGAAAAUAUAGAGCACUAUAUAAUGCCACCUGGACAGGGCUGGUUUGCUGGAAGGAAUCUGGCUUUAUCACAGGUCGACACUAAAUACUUUCUGUGGGUAGAUGACGAUUAUGUAUUCAGGAACAGCACUAAAAUUGAAAAUUUUGUGGAAAUCAUGGAGAAAAUUCCAGAACUGGAUGUGGUUGGUGGUUCAGUGGGAAGUAAUCAGUUUUAUUUCCACCUUACGUAUGAGGAAGGUCAAGCAGAGGAGGGUGGCUGUCUCAGACGUACGCAUAAGCUGAUACAUCAAUCAGUUCCAGGGUUUGACGGCUGCUACUUUGUGGAUGGGGUGGUCAACUACUUCCUGGCACGGACAGAGGCCGUACGACGGGUCGGCUUUGAUCCGUUUCUAAAACGAGUUGCUCACACUGAGUUCUUUAUCGAUGGCCUCGGACAAUUAUUAAUAGCUUCCUGCAAAGGACUGUCAGUCGGACAUCAGCCCAAAAAAAGACAACCCAAAUACCGACAAUUUAGGUUUCCUGGAAAACUUGAUGCAAGAAGAAAAGUGGGUCAUCAUUUCUUUAAGAACCAUUUGAAAUGCAUAAAGUACUGAGGAACGUUUACGGAUUACACUCGGAUAAAAGAAAAGUAUUUCACGAUGUCAUAAAAAAAAAUGAAAGCCGCACUUGCUAUGUGACAGUUGGGAAAAAUUGUCACUUCUUCUAUUUGCAUAGCAGUAAGCAUGUAAAAUUGUAAACAUCCCCAUUCAAAUGUUUAAAAUAAGAGACAAAUGUAAUUGUGCCAAAGAAUUUGCAAAACACAUUUUUUUAAACUAACUUUAUAUAAAACGAGUCACAUAAUGUAGAAAAACAACCAGUUAGACUUCAGAAUAGAUAUGAACUGCUACAAUUGUCUUUAUAAAAGGCAACUUUUAAGAUGCUAGAAUAUAUAAAUUUAAUUUACUUUGAUUUAAAUGCUGUAAUUUCCAUUGUGUUUUUGAUAGUUUACUAUUGAUAGUAAACUUGAUAGAUUUACUACAUGACAGAUUUUAUACAUUUUUGUUGUAGUUUAUUAUAAUUAUUAAGUUUACUGUAUUGCAUUUAACUGUAUAUUAUAUUA